AUGGACCAUUAUCCUUCUCGACCAGUAGAUCGUGAAAAAGCUGAACACGAUCUUGCAUUAAACAUAAAAAAAGCCACAAGUCCUGACGAGACUGCUCCUAAACAAAAGCAUGUUCGAAAAUGUAUUGUAUAUACUUGGGAUUUCAGUACUUCCGAGUCAAUAUGGACAGGUUUAAAGGUUCAACCAAUUUUGGCCGAUGAAGUGCAGACUUUCAAGGCCUUGAUCACUGUGCAUAAAAUUAUUCGAGGUGGUCAUCCUGUUACUUUAAAAGAGGCACAAAAUCAAACCAUUUGGCUAGAUACGUGCGCUCGAACUAUUUCUGAAGAUGGCAUACGAGGAUAUGGUAUACUUAUUCGUGCCUAUGUUGAAUUUCUAAAGUCAAAAUUGGCAUAUCAUCGCAUUCAUCCUGAAUUUAAUGGAAAUUUUGAUUAUGAAGAUUAUGUUAGUUUAAAAAAUGUUGAUGAUCCUAAUGAAGGAUAUGAAACAAUUAACGAAUUAAUGGACCUACAAGAUAAAAUUGAUCAAUUUCAAAAAUUAAUAUUUGCACAAUUUCGAAAAUCUUCCAAUAAUGAAUGUCGAAUUGCUGCUCUGGUACCAUUAGUAGAAGAGAGUUAUGGAAUUUACAGAUUUUUGACUAAUAUGCUUCGAGCUUUACAUCGACGUAUAGAAUUUAUAGAUGCAUUGGCUCCUUUGGGAUCACGUUUUAAUGCUCAACAUUAUGCAUUAUUAAAGUUUUAUUUUGAAUGUUCAAAUUUGAGAUAUUUAACAAGUUUGAUUAGUGUGCCUAAAUUACCACAGGAUCCACCAAGUUUAAUUGAUGGUACUGCUCCACCAGCUAUACCUAAACGUCCACAAACAAGAUCACCCGCACCAUCCUCAUUAUCAGAACCAGAGCCCAUAGCAGAAUUUUGGAAAGAAAAUGAAGCUUUAAAACAACAAGAAGAAUUAGAAAAACAACGACUGUUAUAUGAAGAGAAUCAAAGGCGUCUUCAGCAACAACGGGAAAAUGAACUUCAAGCGCAACGAUUGAUGGAAGUUCAAAGGCAAAGGGAGAUGGAAGAGCAACAGCGAUUACAGCAGGAAAGAGAAAUAUUAGCUAGAGAACAAUUAAUGAGAGAACAAAUGCAGAGACAAGCAGAAGGAAGAGUCGCUGAAUUAGAGAGAGAAUUGUUAAGCAUGAGAAGUCAAGUUGAACGUGAUCAAAUGAUGCUAGAACAAUAUGAUAGGAAAGUUAAAGCCUUAGAAAGUGAGAUGAAUCAACUUAAUUUCAAUUCUCAACAACAAAUUAAAUCUAAAGAUGAAAUGAUAAAAAAUCUACAAGAUCAAAUUUUAAUGUGGAAGAAUAAAUACGAAGCACUUGCUAAAUUGUAUUCACAAUUGCGUCAAGGGCAUCUUGAUCUUAUCAAUAAAUUUAAAUCUGCUCAACUUAAAGCUAAUUCAGCACAAGAGGCCAUUGACAAAAUGGAGAGAAUGGAACGUGAUAUGCGAGCUAAAAAUCUUGAAUUAGCAGAUAUGAUAAGAGAGAGAGAUCGAUCGAGAUACGAGCUGGAUCGAUUGAAGAGUAGUCAACGUGAAGAUUUUGAAAGAGCUAAACGCGAUCUAGCGGAAGCAAAUGCUUGUGUUGAAGAUCUCGUAAAGUCAAAAAAUAGUGAACUUGGAUCAUUAAGGUCCAAAUUCGAAAAAGAGAAAAGAGAGAUGGAAGAUACGAUAAGAUCAAAACAAUCAUUUGUGGAUGAUUUAUUGAGACAAAUAGAGGAGAAAAAACAAGAUAUUGAACGUAUAACACAGGAAAAAGAAGAAGAAAUUUUAAUUAUGCAAUCUGCGAUGGAUCAAAGUAUGAUGCUUGUAGCAGAAAUGCAAAAGUCUUCGAGUGAAUCUGAAAAAUAUCAAGUUAGAAUAGAUCAUUUAAUGCUAGAUCAUCUCAAAGAUCUAAAUGAUAUUCUUGACAGUAUAUUCCAAACAUGUAUUCAAAAAAUCGACGAUAGUUUGUAUGAACUGGAAUCAACAAUGCAGACUGGCAAUCAAAACUCUACCCCAGAAUAUACCCUGUCGAUGAUUGAAAAGGCAAUGGCAGAAACUUCCGAAUUUACUUACACUUUUCAGAAUUUCUUAAGAAGUGAUCGCAUUAGAAAUCAUACCGAUGUGAUUAAGGCUGCUACAAAUUUUGCACAAUCUAUUUCGGAAGUUCUAAUAAAUUCAAAAGGAAUUACUCGUCUUUUUGACGAUGAUGAUGAAAAGGUAGAGGAAAUUGUUGGCUCUGCAAAAAUGACAGCCAAUAUGGCACAAAAAUUUCUUUUGAACGUACAAUCAUUUAAACUUGAUAAUUUGUCUGCAUCACAAAGAACCGAAAUGGUUACACAAAAUGACAUUGAUGUUCAGAAUGCUCUGCAAAAAAUCUCUCGAACCACUGAAGGAAUGUUAAAGCAUGACUUGAAUGUUACGAAAAAAGCUGAUGGAGAAAUCAGCGAUCUCGUUGAACAAGAAAUGUUGAAUGCUGCUCGAGUAAUUGAAAAUGCCACCGCAAGAAUUCAAGCAUUGAUGUUGAGACCCCGUGAUUCUGGUCUUUCAGCUACAGAAUUAAACGUUCAUGAUGCAAUUUUAGAAUCAGCACUUGCAAUUACCAAUGCUAUUGCAAAUUUGAUAAAAUGUGCAACUGCUUCACAACAAGAAAUUGUUGCUCAAGGUCGUGGAAAGAAUAGUCAUGCAGCAUUCUAUAAAAAACACAAUAGAUGGACGGAAGGGCUUAUUUCAGCAGCAAAAGCUAUUGCGGUUGCUACUAAUUUACUCAUAGAAACAGCCGAUGGUGUCAUAAACGGUAACCGUUCUCUUGAACAGCUUAUAGUAGCUUCAAAUGAAGUAGCCGCUGCAACGGCACAGCUCGUAGCAGCUUCAAGAGUUAAAGCAGAUUUCAUGUCAAAAACACAAGAUCGUCUGGAGACAGCUGCAAAGGCAGUUACAGAAGCUUGUAAAGCAUUAGUUAAAGCGGUGAAAGCCAUUGCAGCUAAACGACUUGAGCAAAAGGAGGCAUCAAUAAAUUAUGCCGAAUUGGCACCUCACGAUUUUAAAGUCAAAGAAAUGGAGCAACAAGUUGAAAUAUUAAAACUAGAAAAUGAAUUGGUUAAUGCUAGAAGGAAGUUAGCAGAAAUGAGAAAAAGAUAUGUUUCACUUCACUUUACACAUUGA